UAGAGUGUAAACAUUGGUGAAAAGAGAACCUUCUAGCGGGGAAGUUCAACACCAGCAUGAGCUCGAUUAGAAAAUAAGGUUAACUGGAGCUAGAAUCUACUGAACAACAAUGGCGGAAAAAAAUGAUCCAAAAGGCUGGGUGGAAGGUCUGGAAAUUUUUCCACCGGGAGAAGAAGAGCAGCCAGAAAGUUCCUCAUCAUCUGAAGGCAUACCUGAACCCGAAAGUAACCCAGUAUCUGGUGAGGUACUUGAACUAGAAAGUACCUUUUCACCAUCAGACUGCCUCCCUCCUGUCUAUGAACUUCCCAUGUCUCCACCACCGACCUAUGAAGAAGCCAAAAAUCAUUCACCAGAAGCUGCUAUAUAUCAACCCAGAUUUGAACCAAAAAACAUCACCCGCCCUAAGAGGAAAGACUUGUACAGGGAUGCUGUGAUGCCCGAAGAAGAAGUGGAGCUUAUACUAGUUGCACCUGUAUCUUCCAUGCAGCAAAUGCGCCCCAGGAGGAUACCUUAUGAGGAGGAAGCCCCAAUUGAUGAUGGGCCUACAAGGGAGGUAUACAAGGAGUCGUCACUGGAUGCAGCGCUGAGCCUGGACCCCAAAGAUCAACACAGAUUUCCUCAGGUGGUGCCUGACUCAGAUAUAGAGGAACUCCCACCAGGCCAGGAGGACAAAGCUACACCACAGCUCUCUCUCUCAUUUUCUAAUGAGACAAGUACACCGGUCGCUGAUGUUGAGGCUGGAAGAAGAAGGGAGAAAACAAGCGAGACGUUUCAGUGCAAUUCCUGUGGAUUUCUUAAUUCCGUCGUGACUAGUCUUGGUCGCUUCUUCUUACGGCGGACGGAAGAAGCCCGUGAAGGAUCUCCAGCUCGUUUGCUGAUACUGAUAGGAGCAAUUAUCGGAUUCCUCGGACUUAUUGUGUUCUUAGGGGUGUUCCCCAACAGUUUUGUGUAUGUGGAACACUACGAGAUUGCCUUGCUGAAGAACACGUAUACUGGGACUGUGUACCGCGACUAUACUUACCAUCCUGGCUGUUAUGUCCUCGGGCCUCAGAGAGAGUUUGUCAAGUUUCCAGGCUCUGCGGUAUUUGUAUCUCUGACAGAGGAUGUCUUCACCAAAGACAAACUUGAGAUAUCAAUCACUUUUCACUUUCAGUAUUUCCUCAGAGCUUCUGAGCUUGGAGAGUUACACAGGAAGUUUGGUCUCGACUACAAGGAUAUUGUUAAGAGUGUUGUGCGCAGCAAGGUUAAGAAUUUUGCAGCUGACAUCAGCCUUGAUGAUUUCCGAUUCAACAGGACUGAGACAGAAAAGCGUUUUUGUAAAACCAUCCAAGUCCGUCUUCAGGGUACGUGUUGUCCUGAGUGUUGUCCAAGCUGUUCCAACAAGACCAUAUGUAACCUGUGUGACACAACGUCCAUGUGUGAUCCCAUCUACCAUGUUGAUAUACGCUACUUUCAGCUAUCAACAGUCUAUAUUGCAAGUGACAUAUCAGAGAGAUAUCUGCGGUCCCUACUUCUCAAGGUGAGAGCUGAAGCAGAGUUCUUCAAACAAAACCACACAAUGAUUGAGAAGGAGACAGAGCGAAUGGUAGAACAGAAAAAAAAUGAAGCCAAUGAGUUGAUAAAGGGAGGUGAAGCGACAAGUUCUGCAACAAUGUUAGUGGCCGAGGCAAAGAGGGAGGCAAACAUAACAACUGGGUAUGCAGUGGCAUUAUGGACUCUGUACUAUAGACUGGGUAUCACUGAUAUGGAUCACAAGCUGUCGCUGAUGAUGGUACGGGCCUUUGAGGAUGUCAAUGUCAAGGGCAAUUUGUACCGUGGCUAUAACUAUGCCAACCAAACAAUUGCAACAAACUUUGGUAGUGGAUAGUUUCUUAGUGCUUGUAUGACACAAUAACUGGUGGCUAAAUAUUACAAAACUAUGCACCAGGUCUUGGAAUAAUUCAACAUACAACAUAAAAAGUUUUGAAUUUUUUUAUGUAAAUCUUCCUUCCCCAAACGUUUUGUUGUGAGAAUAUCUAUGAGGAGUCCUUAUUUCAGGAUUCAAAAGUUAAGAUUAAUUUCAAUAAAAAAAAUUUGACAAUAUUCCUUGCUCCAUAAACUUUACAGAAUUUUAGUCAAACAUUACUUGCCAUUUGAGUAAGAGAAUACCUAUCAGGAAUUUGUGUUUCAGCAAUCCAGCGUCAGGGUUAUUGUUACUGUUUAAAGCAAUGUGUCAUACAGUUUGUCCAAUUUAGAUGGAGACGAGGAAAUUCCUGUUAUGUUUUUGGGAUCUUUUCAAAGUUAUUGUACCUAAAUCAAAAUUUUCAGGUCAACCAUACUUUUAUCAAUAUAUUUCAUGAUAACCAUAAAGACCCCAUAUUAAAACUUGAAACUGUGUAAUUGUGCAUCCUUGUAAACCAGAAUUUACAAACCUACAUGUAUAUAUCCGUCGUCUUGUGUUUACUAAGUGAUUGAUAUACAAGUUCCUGUCUGUUUUUUAUUAUAAGAGAUGAUUAGAAUUUUUAACUAUUUUGUGUUGUUGAAGUUUUAUUUGUGUACGUUUUCUUCAAUAAUAAUUUAUUUUUUCUUUUGAUAUUUGACUUUUUUUUCUAAACAAGCUUUAACUAAUGUGAUGUUGAUUUUUGGACGUGAAGACCAUUUUCUCUGCCCAAGAAUUGGAUGAAUCCUUUUACAGUUUUAUAGCUGUUCGUAUUGACAACUAAUAUCUCGUCAUGUUAGCUGUUCGUAUUGACAACUAAUAUCUCAUCAUGUUAGCUGUUUGUAUUGACAACUAAUAUCUCAUCAUGUUAGCUGUUUGUAUUG